AUGUACCUCAACAAUAAACUUACUGAAAUUCGCGGCGUUCUUCUAUUUGAUAGCGAAACAACUGUAAAAGUUAGUGGGAACAGAGGAGCGCGAGGCUACAAAGUUAUUUUUUCUAAUGCUUACCGCAUUUUCGAAGUUAAUUUUAAGGAUUUAUACAAUUCCAACCAGUUUUAUAAGGAACUUUCCAUUCUGCUUGACAAGUCUCCAUGGACCAAUCGUAACCCAUAUUGCUCUUUUGCACCAGUUAGACCGCUCAAUCUGGUCAAAUGGUUUGUUGACGGUGAGGAGUACUUUGAAGCCAUUGCAGUCGCCUUAUCGGCCGCGAGGAAUGAAAUUUUUAUUGGAGACUGGUUUCUUUCUCCCCAAGUCUAUUUAAAACGUCCGCCGCGUAACCAUGAAGGUUAUAGGUUAGACCGAAUUUUGGCGCGUAAAGCCGAAGGAGGGGUCAAAGUUCAUGUGUUGCUGUAUAAAAAUGUGGAGCUUGCGCUCACUAUUGACAGUUUAUAUUCUAAAGAAACACUAAAAGCAUUGCAUCCCAACAUUUCUGUUUUGCGAAGUCCGGAUCAUCCACCUGAUGGUGUCUGGCUGUGGGCCCAUCAUGAAAAAAUAUGCGUGGUCGACCAAAGCAUUGCUUUCAUUGGUGGGAUGGAUCUCUGCUUUGGAAGAUACGAUACGCAUGAGCAUGGGCUCACUGACUUGUACCAGCCAAUGUCGAACGAGGAGGAAGAGUCGUUGUUUUCAAAUCUUAUAAUAAAAAUCAUUAAAAUUACGGAGCUGCCUCCUUUGCAAAUCAGUUCUCGAAAGAAGUCCUUUAAUUUUGGAAAAUUUAAUUCCUCGGAGAUGGCUAAAAAAGAAAAAAAAGAGCGAGUCCGAGGAAACUGGGAACUGCUACGGAAGCGAGUGAUGAGUAAAAGAUACUCUCCUACUCGGUAUUGUGACAACAACGACGUUGUUCAACUUUCCCAGCACCAAAAGCAAGACCCACGUGGCUCUUUUUCUAAGAAAAUGUCUCUUUUGCACAGCCGUUCUUUCUCUUCCGGGCCUCUUCCUUCUAGUGGAAAGGUGAACACCAAUCAGCCUUCCUGGGGGUUAUCAAAGAACUCGAAAGCGCCGAAAACGCGUCACACCCCCUCUUCUGCCGCUCCAAAAAGUUCACGAAGUUCGGAUAAAAUCGAAAAAACCGCACAAGAAUCUUCAAGUUCCGAACUAAACCGCUCAGAAAGACAACAAACGUUUAAACAUCGAAGGCACCAAUCACAUCCCAUUAGGCCAUCAAUGGCACAAAGCGUGAGAAAGUCGUUGUUUUCGGAAACUUUAAUGCAUGGCUUCAAAAAAAAUAGUGAAUCUUGCAGAGAUACAGAACACACGAUUUCUUCUUAUGACUAUUCCAACCUGCUUAUCGAAGCAAAACUUAAUAUCCUCUGCGGCUCUUUCGAGGAACACACGCAUUUUACUUAUGCCCGCACCGUUAACUUGUUACAUUUAAGUUUCAUGAUUAAACUUGAUAAAGGAGUGAAAGAGCUCUUAUUUGUUAUUUCUGUUUCCGACCCCAAUAUCAAAAGCUUAACCUGUAAAGGAAUUAUAACUAUUGAAGACUUACAGGAAACUGAGAAGCCAUUGAAAUCGGAAGUGAAGCUUUUAAAAGGCGAGGACGAGCAGUUUGUUGAGUCCGACUCCGUACUUCACAUUGAAUACAUGUAUUAUAAAAGAAUGAAGCCUUUAGUUAAGCCCUCUCCUACUUGGAUCGGUAAGGACUAUAGCAAUCCGCUCAUACGGGACUUCUAUGACCUAAGCAAGUGGGACAUGGACAGUCUCGACCGUUGGACUCAGCCUCGCUUGCCCUGGCAUGAUCUUGCUAUUUGUUUGAUUGGUCAAAGUUCACGUGACAUUGCUCGCCAUUUCAUUCAAAGAUAUAACCACGUGAAAACUCAGAAAUACAAGUAUGAUGAAGCCGUGCCUUACUUGCUGCCGAAGUUAGACUUUGCGGUAGAGAGCGCGGCGUCCUUGCUUGAGGGCAUUCCUGCGAUACGCUCUGAUUUUCCUAUAAAAAACUUUACUUGUGCUACUGUCCAAGUUCUUCGAUCGUGCGGGCCUUGGUCAUGCGGCAUCGACACCGAAAAAUCUAUACAAAGCGCUUAUCUUCGCUUAAUUGAACACGCGAAGCACUUUAUAUACAUUGAAAACCAGUUCUUCAUAUCCUGCGGAGGUGACGUUCAAAACCUCGUGGCUAAUGCAAUUGUUGAACGCGUGAAAAGAGCAGCAGAAAACAAUGAGCGCUUCCGUGUUUUUAUACUGCUUCCUCUUAUACCUGCUUUCGAAGGAGAAAUUGGUAUGGGGACUGCCUCCACUACCAUUAUAAUGCACUGGCAAUACGCGUCUCUUACACGUGGCAAAUCUUCUCUGAUGGGCAGGCUUGACGCUCUUGUGGGAGACUCUUCCAAGUACAUCGCCGUCAACUGUCUGAGGCGCUGGGACGUCCUCUACGACGCUCUUAUAGAAAACCAAAUAUACAUUCACAGCAAACUCAUGAUUGUAGACGACGAGAAGGCCAUUUGCGGUUCUGCUAAUAUUAAUGACAGAAGUUUAUUGGGGAAUCGCGACAGUGAAAUAGCCGCAAUAAUUGAAGAUAAUGAAUUAGUAGAAAUCAAACUUAAUGGUAAACUUGUCAAAGUGGGAAAGUCCAUUCAUGCCCUCAGAAUGAAACUUUUUGCGGAACAUUUGGGUUUUUCGGACGACGUAUGCAUUGAUUGCGUUAGCGAUGAUUUUUAUAACAUUUGGAAUAAAAUUUCAGGAGAAAACACCACGAUAUACGAUAACGUAUUCCGCUCUAUUCCUAAUAAUCAUAUAAAAACGUGGACGGACCUGGAGCUCUGGAGAAGAAAUUCUCACCCUCCUUCUAUAUCCGAUAAGAAUUCCGCUAGGAAACAACUGGAAAAGAUUCGCGGGAAUUUAGUCGACUUCCCUAAAUCCUUUUUAGAAAAAGAAAACUUGCUUCCCCGACCCGACUCGGCUGAGUACUAUCUUCCGGUGAGGACCUUUACUUAA